GCGGGCUUGCGGCGUCGUGCAUUGGUGGCAGGCAGGUGUUUCCCACGGACGUGUCUAGGGCUCCCGGGGGGAAAUGUGCUGUGCUGAGUCCCACCUCACAAAAACAGAUUAUCUGCAUCUGGCCCGUAGUCCCAGCUACAGCCCAGCAGCGAGGGUCUCUUCUCAGCGCGAGCUAAGAAGCGCUUCCAAAUUCCAAGCAUGUGUCUAUUUUGCAUCUGUCUUUCAAGCUAUCUCAUGUGGCAUUCAUUACUUGGCUUCCGUAUUCAUGGCUGUUACACCUAAAUUUGUAUGCAGUGUCCCUGGAAAUGUGACUAGUAUACUGUUCAGCAAUUCCUCUAGUUCAAGAAUAGAGGAUAUUUGGACACUGUGGACAUCAACAAAAAAUUACAUUGUGGUCCAGCUGGAAAAUGGAGAAAUUUGGGAACUUGAUCAGUGCAGCAGGUCCAAGCGGGAGGGCAGUUUGUAUCCUGCAUAUGAAUAUAGUGGCAACAAGUCUGUUUUUUCUUGUUCUGAUGGAUAUAUCUAUGAUCAAACAAAAUGGAAGAGCACCAUUGUUACAGAAUGGGAUUUGGUCUGUCACCGGGAAUGGCUUGCAAAAUUAACUCAGCCCACAUUCAUGCUUGGAGUCCUGUUUGGAGCAGUGAUUUUUGGAGAUAUGGCUGACAGAGUGGGAAGACGGUAUAUAAUGUGGUUCACAAGCACUGGUCAGUUUUUAUUUGGCAUUGCAGUGGCGUUCACAUUUGACUACUACAGCUUUGUGAUCAUACGUUUUCUCCUUGCUAUGGUUUCAAGUGGCUAUCUGGUUGUGGUUUUUGUUUAUGUGACAGAAUAUGUUGGCAUUAAAGCUCGAACAUGGGCGUCCAUGCAUGUCCAUGCUUUUUUUGCUGUGGGAAUCAUGGCUGUGGCACUGGUGGGAUUUUUGGUGAGGACCUGGUGGAUCUAUCAGAUAUUCCUUUCCGUAACAACUCUCCCCUUUGUCUUGUGCUGCUGGCUGCUCCCAGAGACACCUUUCUGGCUACUGUCAGAGGGAAGAUACGAAGAAGCACAAAAAGUAGUUAAUAUAAUGGCAAGGUGGAAUAAAGUAAGCACUCCUUGUAAAAUUUCUGAACUAUGUUCAGUCCAACAAGAUGAUCUAGUCUGUUACAGAACAGGUGGUAAUGACAUUUCUACAGCGAAGAAGCACAGCAUCUUAGAUCUGUUUUAUAACUGGCACAUUGCAAGAAGGACCAUUACAGUCUGGCUGAUUUGGUUCACUGGGAGUCUAGGAUACUAUGUAUUCUCCCUGAGUUCCGUCAAUCUUGGAGGCAAUGAAUAUUUAAAUCUAUUUCUCAUAGGUGCCGUGGAGCUUCCUGCGUAUGUCGUUGCUUGCAUUGGGAUGGACAAACUGGGAAGGAGAAACACAUUGACUCCAUUUCUUAUAUCAAGUGCAGUGAUCUGUGCUUUGAUUAUGCUGAUCCCUCAGGAUUUCAGUAUAUUAUCUGUCUUAGCAAAUAUGGCUGGAAAGUUUGCAAUUGGCGUUGCAUUUGGCCUCAUUUACCUUUACACGGCAGAACUGUAUCCAACAGUUGUACGGUCACUUGCUGUAGGAAGUGGGAGCAUGAUGUGUCGUGUAGGGAGCAUAGUUGCUCCUUUUUGUGUUUACCUGACUAGUGUAUGGAUCUUCAUGCCACAGAAGCAGAAUAACCUAACACAGAUGGGGGAGGGAGCAAACAUUAAAUCCUGCUGAUGACGACAAGAUCCUCUAUCAGUCAAGUGAAGCAUAGAUGCCAUGUUAGAUCACAUGAAAGGAACUGGAGCCCUCUCUCUAUGGAGAACAAGCCUAGCAAAUCUAAGCUUUCAUGGACCACCAGCCUAACUAUGAUCAAAACAUCCUCCUGAUAUGGAGUGCUAAAAAGAAUGACAGAAGCAGCCGAAUAGUGGGGCAGUGAGAUGUUGAGGAGGUGGCAUAGAUGGGAUAGUCAGAGUAUAACCAGGUGAGAAAUAACUCAAGAGGUGCCUACAGAAGAAAAUGAUGCUCAUUAGGACUCUGACAAUCAACAAACCUUGGAUUAGAGACAUCAUCUUUUUGUAGGCGGCUGCAACCUCAUUCCAUCAUGUGAUCCAACAGUCAUCUGUAACUUUAACUGUCCCAUGAAGAUGAGAUAGGGCAGUUUCUUUGUAGAAGAAAUUGGGCACUUCCUUAGCAUUAUGUGGAUUUUGGAGUUCAUUUGGUCCAAAAUAUUUUUAACAGUAUAGUUAUAUUCAGUGCAUACAAGUAUCCCCUAUUCUCUUUAUGAAAUCUAUUAUGUGUGCUGCUCAGAAAUUCUAGAAUUGCUCAAUCUUGCUUUUUCAGAAGGGGUAAGUUUAGGUUCAUAUACAUAAAUGGUUAGAAACCUUAUAUUGAGGAGUUAAACUGAUAAUGAACUUAUUUUACCCAUUUUACUUUUUUACUACUUUGAAAAAACUUUACAACUCACCUUUAAUAUCAUAGCUUGUAUGUAAAUUACAGAUGUAAAGAAGGUGAAAGCGUAUUGGCCUGAAUUUUCAACCUCUCUUCCUGUGUUUCUGUUUUUGCACACACACAGUUGGGUUUUCCUACAAAGGUAGAGUAGUGUCCAUUUGAUUUUAAAAAUAUAAAAUCUACAUUUGUGAAUGCUAGAGACUGGUUUGAGAGACUGUCUGAAAACUUGGCCCAUUAUGUAAGUAACCUAUGUUCAGUGUGUUAGGAUUCAUUUGUGAUGGUGGGGAAGCAGAGUAGGAAUGAAUGAAUAUAUAAAUUUCUUAGCAAGCACUCAUCACAACAAAGAAAUGAACCCAGAAAAUACAUGACAAACAAUCUGAAGAGCACAGUAAUCAUGGGAGAACAGUCUCCUUUGUCUCUUCUUUACACUAGCAGUGAUAAGGUUUAUCUGUUCAGAACUCCUGCAGUUAAAACAGCUGGGGGAAAGUUUUAAACAUUUGAGAACACUGUAAGUGGCACUGCAAAUAUGGACAACUCUCAGUACACUAAACACUCAGUGUGAAACUUUGUUACAAUAGUGACUGUAAAUGUGUGUUUUCAUAACAAACUUCUACCAUCAGGCAUUUGUAAGUUCACUAAAAACUUGGCCUUGGGCUGACGCUUAUCAUGAAAGGUCUCAGGACCCCAUGGUGGGAUGUCGGGGGAGUCCAAUGUUCUUUGUGCCCAGGCCCCCAAUGAAUCUUAAUCCACCUCUGGAUAGAUGUGCUUAAUGGCGGGAAGAGGAGGGUGAGUAUGAUUCAGAAUGAAUUGGAGACUAACUGGAACAGUACAGUGGGAUUUCCAAAAGCAUUCAGCACUGGCCUACUCCUGUUCCCACUGAAAUGACGGGAGCCUGAUUUGCAUUUAUCCUAAGACUCUUUUGCCCCACGGUGGUAUUGUAAAGAUGCUUUAAAGUGGGAGUACGUUUCAUUUACAUACACUUUCAGCCCUUUGCACUGUGUAAAGGAGCCUUAGUGUAGAUGAGAAUCAGGACCUAGAAAUUUUACCAUUGACGUCAGUGUGACCAGGAAAAGGCCAAACCUGAGCGCUUUUGGAAAUUCCACCUAAGAGUUUAAAGGCAAGAUCUAAACAGAGGCAGUGUGUGGAGAUUUCCAGACAGUCAAUGUGGCAACCCAGGUCAGAAUGACUCUUAACUGUGGAUAGUUGACUACAGGAUAAGUAAACAAUUUCCAGCUUCAAAAGCAUCUAUUGGAUGCUUUUACAGAUGGUGGUGUUUUUCUCAGAAUUUGUGGUAUAACAGUAACAUUAUGAUGGCAGAAAAAAUGAGGGAGCGGACAGCUCUUUUCAAGGAAAAUAUUGAAAAAUAUUAAAGAUGGAAUCUAGCAGUUAGUGUAUACAAUUAAUCCUCCCCUUGAAAUAAUCACUUCACUGAUAUCCCUCCUAUAACUGUAUACCUAUCUGCAGAGACCUACUCCAGUCUGGCAUUCAUUCCUGCUGUAGUAGUAAUGUUAGCCCUCUUUUCUAAUUCUUCACUGUAGGAAUGUAACGGUUUUACUUUCACUGUAGUACAUAGCAUUCAACAGUAUUUUGCUUAGUUUUUUACUCUUUUAGCUUCUACACUCAAUGUGAGUGUAAGAGAGAGGGUGUUUGAAACAGAGGUAAUUCUGCUCCUCCCAGAAGAUUGCUUAAGACAAUUGGUGGCUCUGGCCAUGGGGGAUCAUACACAGCUUGGUGUUUCUAACUGAAAAUAACUCUGGCCAAGUUACUGCUGAGACUUUGAUUUUGAAAUCUCAUUUUUGACUUCCAAAGAGCUAUUUUCAUUUAGAAUUAGGGGAUGGUUGCCUGCCAGUGUGCCCAUAUCUGUCUGAAGUGCUGUGUUAUGAAAGUCAUAGCCACAGCCAUUUCAUAUGUUCUCUCUAUGUUCAGAGGGAAAGUAUUAAACAAAAUGGAUCAGAGCUUGGGAUCAGUACAGAGCAAGUUGAGGAUAUCACAGUAUCAAAAUGCACAGCCUAACAGUUGUAAAACAGAAAGAGAAGCCUGCCAGAAAUGGUGUAUUAAAGACAUGUAUUUAUUGAGCAGUAGAGUGAGAGCAUAGGGAGCAUAAUGGGAUAAGAUUGAAGAUUAGUGUGUUAAUGCCCGUACAAUGCUUUGAAGAUGUUAAUUGCUAUGUAUUAUCAUUCUUAUUGAACAAUAAAAAUUAAAGAAAAGAGAAAACAAAGAUGAAUUUUAAAAAGUACCGAUUGUCCAGAGCAGUGGUUUUCAACCUGUGGUCCACAGACCCCUGGGGGGGGGGGUCUACAGACUGUCUCAGGGGACCAUGAAAGGUGACUAGGAAAAUAAAGAUUCAGAUCCAAGAAGAGGCACUCCAUUUUUCUGAUAGAUCAAAAGUACAGUAUGUGAAUUCUGCCGCCUACAGGUCAGAACCUGGAAGUAUUGUUGUUGUCAUAGAAGCCCACAGUUCAGCGCCCUUUCUCAGACUGCAUCAAAUGCCAGGCCGAGCACCUGCAACAUUUAUAGUUGAAUUCUGUUCAGUCCGUUUUCAGUCUAAGACUUCUAUGGUGGGAGUCUGCAGACCACAGGUUGAAUUUUCACAGGGGUCUACCCCUCCAGUCAGAAAGCUUUAGGGGUCUGCAAAUGAAAAAAGGUUGAAAACCACUGGUCCAGAGCAACAAAUUGAUGGGAAACCAUCUAUUAUUCUUUGGGACGGCAUCUUCCUGCAUGUGUGCACCUAGCACAGUGGAUCCUGAUUCUGACUGUGGUCUUUGGCUACUACCACAAUAAAAUAAAAUAAUGAUGAUAAUAAUAGUACACUCUGAAAUCACAGUGCACAUACCCAGAUCAUAGACGCGAUGCAUGGGUCAGUUAGAAGCCGGGCCCCCAUCAGCUUUCUCUCUGACUCAGGACAUCAUUCCUAUUCAGAAUAGCACAUAAAUAUGUACUUAAGCAUCUUACUGCAUAGGAAUGGACUUAAGUGCUUUCUUUCAUCAGGAUCUCUAUGAUCGCAGUUAGGAGAUCCUGACCUACAGCUUGCAUUGGAGAAAGGUGCCCAAAUACUAUGAUGAUGGGUAGAGUAGGUAG